AUGGCAGCAGCGAGGUGUCUCGCAGCGGAUGGCUCGUUUGGCCCUGUGGUGAAUGAAGAAGGCUGCCGAGGCAACUUCGACUUCACGCUCGCGUUCACGCUGUAUUUCUUCCAAAUCGCCCCAGCCUCGAUCUUCCUCCUCAUCGCGCCAACGCGUAUUUACUUGCUGUUCGCAAGAGAGAAAUGCGUCAAGGGCACAUGGCUCAAGUACUUGAAGCUGGUUUUCACGCUCGCAUAUUCUGUUUUGCAACUCACGUUGAUCGCGCUCUGGUCGACGCAAUCGAUGCCUGCUGGCCCAGUAGGCAUAGCAGCGUCAUGUCUGAACACCGUCGUCGGUGUGCUCCUUUGCUUAUUAUCUCCACUGGAACACUCUCGCACGCUUCGCCCGUCAUCUAUUAUUAAUGUAUAUCUGUUGUCUUUUCUCCUAGACGCGGUAGCGCUGCGUACACUAUGGAUGUCGACUUACUCCACAGAUAUCCGUAACAGCUUCACUGCCGUCUUCACAGUCAAGGGGGUCCUGGUCGGUCUUGAGGCGGUCGAGAAGAAUCGCUAUUUCAUUACGGAAGAGGAUCGACAGCUUAGUCCGUAUGCGAAAAGCGGCAUCUACAAUCGCAGCAUUUUCUGGUGGAUCAACGCACUCCUACGGCUGGGAUAUCGGCAACGUUUAACACCGCAGGAUCUUCACCCGUUAGAUCCUACUAUGGCCGCAGAGGUCUUGCACGAGCGAUUCCGUCUGUCAUGGAAGCGUACUCAACGCGAUAAGCGUCGACUCCUGUACACGCUCUUGGUCGCUCUACGAUGGGAACUGCUGAGUCCGGUGAUUCCUCGUCUAAUAUUGAUCGCAUUCACUAUCGGCCAACCGCUUUGCUUGCGACGACUUCUCGUCUAUCUCCAGGGAGAUAAAGAUGAUGUCAAUAUCGGUUAUGGGAUGAUUGGUGCCUACGCGCUGAUAUACUUCGGGAUCGCGAUAUCAUCCGGGUUCUAUUGGUCGACGUGGUUCCGUACUCUCGCCUUGAUGCGCAGCAUGCUGACGACGGCCAUCUUUGACAAAACGCUGCAGUCCCAAGCGGCAGUGGCCGAAGACAAGGCUGCGAUCACGCUCAUGAGCACAGAUGUUGAUCGGAUAGUCAAUGGACUACGUGAAGCUCACGAGCUAUGGGCCAAUGCUGUACAGAUUGUCAUCGCAACUUACCUGCUGGAGCUGGAGCUUAAAUACGCCUGUGUUGCACCGGCACUUGUGGCACUGGGUUCAUUUGUUGCUAUCACGUAUCUGUCCAGUUACACUAAGCAGUUCCAGAAACAGUGGAUGGGCAAAUUACAGGUUCGCAUCAAGGAAGUUUCCAGUAUGUUGGAUUCUAUCAAGGGAAUCAAAAUCUCUGGCUUGACCCAACAACUACAUGAUAUCAUUUCUGGUCUGCGCCGGCAGGAAGUGGACGCCUCUAAACCCUUUCGCCUUUUAGGAGCUGGAACAUCAACCAUUGCUCUUCUCCCUCAGCUUCUUUCUCCCGUCUUAGCUUUCGCAAUCUACGCAGCAGUAGCGCUUCGUGGAGGGGAAUCGCUGGAUGUUUCGCGUCUAUUCACAUCGCUAUCGAUCCUGUCGCUUCUGUCGCAGCCGCUAUUCACACUCUUUGGAUCCUUGACAAAUGCACGAGCCUCUAUCGGAUGUUUCGAGCGCAUCGAGAAUUAUCUGUGUCAAGAGAGCCAUGUUGAUUCGCGAUGGGACGAGGCCUUGGGGAUACAGACCUCGCCGGACGAAUUUAAAGACGCUAAAACAACGAAUAUUAACACCCGUAAGUUGGAUAGCUCAACUAAUCAUGACGCUGAUUCUAGUGCGCCUCCAUCGGAUGUGGUCUUCUGCAUGAAAAAGGUGGCCCUUGGCUGGGCUAAACACGAAAACCCAACCCUCCAAGACAUUGACCUGACAAUCCACAAAGGAACCUUGAACGUGAUUGUCGGUCCAUCUGGUGCAGGAAAGUCGACAUUGCUCAAGGGGCUGCUUGGCGAAUCACCCAAGCUGUCAGGCUCUGUGUUCUCAUCGGCUACCGAAAUUGCCUGGUGCGACCAAACACCUUGGCUUGAGAAAGAUGCAACCGUGCAAGAAAAUAUCCGUUCAGGGUCGACGAUGGAUGAGGAGUUAUACAGUACAGUCAUUGACUGCUGUGGCCUUCGGGUAGAUCUCAAUUCAAUGCCAGCUGGGGACCAGACAAUGGUUGGCACCUGCUCACUUAGUGGUGGCCAGAAGCAGAGAAUUGCAUUCGCUCGUGCCUUGUAUUUCCGCAAAGAUAUCCUGAUCUUGGAUGACAUAUUCAGCGGCCUUGAUGCUACAACGGAGAGACAUGUUGUCCAACGGUGUUUGGGAUCCAAUGGCCUCGUAAAGCGCUGGGGAAUGACUGUUGUACUUGCCACCCACUCAACACGUGUACUCCCUUUAGCCGAUCAUAUUAUUGUUCUUGAUGAGAAUGGCACGGUCAGCGAGAGCGGCCCUUAUUCCUCUCUUGUUACCGCGGGGGGAUAUGUUGAGCGUAUAGACAAGCAGAGAAUCCAUCAGCUUCAACAACAGGCUGAUGAAGAUGAAGACGAGAAAAACAAGGAACCGACUUUGUCUAGAAGCCCUAAACUUGGCCAACAAGACAAGUCGAGCCCUCCUACGAAAAAGCCACCAGCUGUGCCUGAUGCUCCACCCCAACCCGAUCUCACAGUCUACCAGUUCUAUCUCAAAACCAUUGGGAUCUGGCCAAUGAUGACCUUUCUGUUCCUGGCGAGCCUCUGGGCUUUUCUAUCUGUGUUUCCAGUGCAGUGGCUUAAAUGGUGGGCAGAGAGCAACAACAAGCAUCCUAACAAGGAUCUGGGGUUGUACCUGGGUGUUUACGCCGUAUUCCAGGUGGCAUGCCUCGGUUCGUCUGCUCUCAUGACUUGGCUUUCUUUUAGCUUCAUUGCUAGAAAGUCCGGGAUUCAGCUCCAUACAAUACUCUUAACAUCCACGUUAUCUGCUCCACUAAGCCUGUUUUCGAAGACCAAUAGCGGGCAAAUCCUCACCAGGUUCUCGCAAGACAUCCAAAUGGUAGAUAUGAAUUUGCCAUUGCAACUUCUGACCGUAUCCCAGAGUUUGUUCGUUUGUGUGGCGCAAGCUGCGUUAAUAGGUGCCAGCAUCGGAUGGGUAGCGAUAAGCUAUCCGGUGCUCAUAGCAGUGCUAUUUGUUGUUCAACGCUUCUAUCUCCGAACAGCUAAACAGAUGCGACUGCUUGAUCUCUCCGAAAAGGCACCUGUCUACGCGCAAUACUCGAACGUCUUGGCCGGCGGUCUGCUUACUAUCCGUGCUUUCGCGUGGCAGAGCAGGUUUCAAACGAGAAAUUACCAAUUGGUCGACCGUUCGCAGAAGCCUUGGUACUUGAUGCUUAUGAUCCAGCGUUGGUUGCUUCUUGUUCUUGAUUUCAUAACGGCCGCCCUUGCCAUUAUUAUCGUCGGUAUUGCGGUGAGGCUCAAGUCGACUAUCGGGCCUGGCGGUGUGGCUGUCACUCUUGUGCAAAUCAUUACAUUGUCCGGCUACAUCAACCAACUCAUAACAACUUAUACCUUACUGGAGACAACUCUCGGGGCUAUUUCGCGUAUCAACCAGUUUCAACAGACGUCUUCCUCUGGGUCAGGCGGUAAGCCUAAUGGUAAAGGAGAUCAACCACAUCCAAAUUGGCCGGAGACGGGGGAACUGAUACUAGAAGACGUGGAUGCCUCGUACGAUAAAUCGGGACCGCUGGCCAUUGACGGACUAUCUCUGAAGAUCCAGCCUGGAGAGAAGAUCGGUAUUUGCGGGAGAACUGGAAGCGGUAAAAGCUCUACUCUUCUCGCUUUGUUCCAGCUAUUAGAGCUUCGGUCCGGACGCAUCCUCCUCGACGGCCUUGACCUGUCAAGCUUAGACCCAGAGGCUGUCCGAGCAAGGCUCAAUGGGCUUAGCCAGGAGCCGUACUUCCUCACUGGAAGCAUUCGAUUGAACCUGGACCCAUACAAGAGUAUAGAGGGAGACGAACCUCUGAUUAAAGUGCUGCAGUCUGUGCGAUUAUGGGGUCUAGUCGAAGAAAAGGGAGGUCUCGACGUCGACCUCAAGAAGGACUCACUUAGCCAUGGACAGCAGCAGCUAUUCUGUCUGGCACGGGCAUUACUGCGCCCUGGUAAAUUAGUGAUCUUGGAUGAGGUGACUAGCAGCGUGGACCAGGAUACUGAUACGGUGAUGCAAAACAUCAUUGCCUCGGAGUUUGCCGACAGGACAGUUCUCAUUAUCGCGCAUCGAUUGCACACGAUCAUGCAUUGCGAUAAAGUGGCCGUCAUGUCUAACAGUAAGUGUGUUGAGUUUGAUAACCCUCUGGUGCUGCUGAAGGCGAAGGGUUCGUUGUUCAGCGAGUUGUUUGAGAGCUACCAUCAUAGGGGAGAAUAGCUAUUGCCAUUCAUUAUGUAUUU